AUGUGUCUUGCUCAGGGUUGCCAGAAAGCUGGGCUUGAUGCGAAAUUGCAGCUGGAAGGGCUCGCGCUCAUCGUGCCAUCUCUGAUGGUCGUCGACCUCGAACAUGGUAUCGCCGAUGACGGCGCGGAUAAAGUCCGGGCAGUCGACUUUUGCCGGGCAGUAAUGCUGGACGCGGGUCUGCCAGCCGUGCGCGUCCUCAGCCGCGUCGCUGGCGUGCAUCUUCUUGAGCAACCCAUCCUCGACGAUGAAGGACAGGAAGGCCGGCGACGCGCGCAGACGCCAGAAGUCGCGGCGCGAGAAGGGCAAAUCGCACUCGAUGUUGAAGGCGACCAUGGUGAAGCGGGCGCAGAAAGGUUUUCGCGAGGCGCGGUGAUAGUCGAGACGGGUAGGGCGGUGGGGCAGGAAGGCUGCGCCGGGUGA